GCCCCCCGCCGUGGCCCCCCCGCGCGUGGCACCGGUGGCGGAGCCCACUCGGUCGGUGCUGAGCACUCCUUGAUGGAAUUGCGGUGAAUGGAACAGAAGCCCAGCACCCUGGACCCGCUGUCGGAGCCAGAGGACACCCGGUGGCUGGAUGGCAAGCGCAAAAGAAAGAGCAGCCAAUGUUUGGUGAAGAGCAGCAUGUCAGGUACGGACCCCCCCGGGCACCCCCUCGGGCACCCCCCCGGGUACAUCCCUAGUUACCUGGACAAAGAUGAACAGUGCGUGGUGUGCGGGGACAAAGCCACCGGCUACCACUACCGCUGCAUCACCUGCGAGGGCUGCAAGGGCUUUUUCCGUCGGACCAUCCAGAAGAACCUGCACCCCACCUACUCCUGCAAGUACGAUGGCUGCUGCGUCAUCGACAAGAUCACCCGCAACCAGUGCCAGCUCUGCCGCUUCAAGAAGUGCAUCUCCGUGGGCAUGGCCAUGGACCUGGUGCUGGACGACUCGAAGCGGGUAGCGAAGCGGAAGCUGAUCGAGGAGAACCGGGAGCGGCGGCGGAAGGAGGAGAUGAUCAAGUCGCUGCAGCAUCGCCCCAACCCCAGCGCGGAGGAGUGGGAGCUGAUCCACGUGGUGACGGAGGCCCACCGCAGCACCAACGCCCAGGGCAGCCACUGGAAGCAGAAGCGGAAAUUCCUGCCCGAGGACAUUGGCCAGUCGCCCAUGGCCUCCAUGCCCGACGGGGACAAAGUCGACCUGGAGGCGUUCAGCGAGUUUACAAAAAUCAUCACCCCGGCCAUCACCCGCGUGGUCGACUUUGCCAAAAAACUGCCCAUGUUUUCGGAGCUGCCUUGCGAAGACCAGAUCAUCCUGCUGAAGGGCUGCUGCAUGGAGAUCAUGUCGCUGCGGGCGGCCGUGCGCUACGACCCCGAGAGCGAGACGCUGACGCUCAGCGGGGAGAUGGCCGUCAAGCGGGAGCAGCUCAAGAACGGCGGCCUCGGCGUCGUCUCCGACGCCAUCUUCGACCUGGGCAAGUCCCUCUCUGCCUUCAACCUGGACGACACCGAGGUGGCCCUGCUCCAGGCCGUGCUGCUCAUGUCCUCAGACCGGACGGGGCUGAUCUGCGUGGAGAAGAUCGAGAAGUGCCAGGAGACGUACCUGCUGGCCUUCGAGCACUACAUCAACUACCGCAAACACAACAUUCCCCACUUCUGGCCCAAGCUGCUGAUGAAGGUGACGGAUCUGCGGAUGAUCGGCGCCUGCCACGCCAGCCGCUUCCUGCACAUGAAGGUGGAGUGUCCCACCGAGCUCUUCCCCCCCCUCUUCCUCGAGGUCUUCGAGGACCAGGAGGUGUAGGGCUGCCACCCCCUCGUGCCCC